AACCCAAAAAAUAUAUUCUCCCAUUGUGGAUGCCCUAAGAAUUAGCUAGUACAAAACAAAAAUUGUGAGCCCUUGAAAAUCUGAUCAAACAAAAAAAAAACAAAACUCGUAGAGGAGCACAAUCAUCAAUCCACUCACUAUCCUUGGAAUUGAAUUCCAUCCCGAAAAAAAAAAGAAUGGAUCUAGAAUCGGUAAAACGUUAUCUAGAAGGUGAUGGAGAAGAAGAGAAGAAGACAAAAGUGGCGAAUUUGCCACACAGAUUCCUGGAGAGAUUUGUAACGAAUGGUCUCAAAGUGGAUCUCAUCGAGCCUGGCCGACUCAUUUGCUCCAUGAAAGUCCCUCCUCAUCUCCUCAACGCAGGGAGUUUCUUACACGGGGGAGCAACGGCUACUCUGGUGGAUUUGAUUGGAUCUGCUGUCAUUUAUACAGCCGCUGGAGUUACUCAUUCCGGUGUUUCUGUCGAGAUCAACGUCUCUUACCUUGAUGCUGCUUUUCUUCAUGAAGAGAUAGAGAUUGAAUCAAGAGCAUUGCGUGUUGGUAAAGCUGUUGCAGUUGUUAGUGUUGAGCUGAGGAAGAAGAAGACUGGUAAGAUCAUUGCUCAAGGUCGCCAUACCAAGUACUUUGCUCCUCGUUCCAACCUUUGAAUAUUUUUUUUACCAAACUACAUUUUCUCUUACUUACUCCUAUUUUUCUAUAUUCAAGAACGAUUGUUUUGCAUUAUCAUCUUAAAUAAAUUGUUCGGUUUGUUUCUAGUCUGAGAGA